AUGGGGGUUGACACCAGCUACCUGACCACUCAGGUCAACAAUAUUGUUGAGCAGCUGCAUGGUAUCUACGACGAAAUCGGAGUUCCUCCUCGCGAGCGCGAAAAUCGCGAGGCAGAGCUCUUCAGCGCUCUGUCCGAGACACUUAACAAUCAUCUCAAAGUCGUUGACGAUGAGCGCGAGGAGAUGACAGUGGAGGCCCAGCGCCUUAUUACACAAAUCAACCAGAUGGAGUCAUCGCUGACCGAUGAAAUGGCCAAUGGCCAGUUCGAGCUGAAUCGCGACGAUCUUCAAAUUACCUACCCGCUCAACCGAUGCAUCGCCUUCUUGCGCGAAAAGAACGAUGCGAUGAGCAAGCUGCACCGUGAACGCUUCGAGCAAGUCAAGAAACUUGUCGACGCGCUUGAAUCUUACUCGUCCCAUCUCGAGCCGACAUUUGUUAAACUUGAACUUCCUCCUACUGCGGAGGGUUCCUCGAUUCCUCCGAGCUUCGACCUCUCACCGCUGUAUGUGACUGCAUUGGACGCAGAAUUCACCCACGUUUACGAAGAGUACCACCGCCGUGUCGCACAAGUCCAAUCUGCAUGUGAAGAAAUGAUCAAGCUUUGGGCUGAACUCGGAACACCCCAGGCUCAAACAGACUCAACUAUUGUCAAAUGUUAUCGCGAAUCUCCCGAGCAGCUCGGUCUGCACGAGUCCGACCUCACAAGCCUAAUGGCCAAACGCGACAAGUUGGUGGAGCAGAAAGCUGGACGCGAGCGCAAGAUCAAAGAGCUUCGCUCUACUGUGGAGUCUCUCUGGGAUCGCUUUGGUGUUGAAAAUGCUGACCGCAAGGCAUUCUUGGCAGGCAACCGUGGCUGCGGGUUGCGCAUUAUCAACGACCUCGAGGAGGAACUUACACGUCUCAAUGAGAUCAAACGCCAGAACCUCCAUCUGUUCGUGGAAGACGCGCGUUGCCGUUUACAAGAGCUCUGGGAUAGUCUGUUCUUCUCGGAGGAGGAAAUGCUUGAUUUUACUCCUGCGUUUUCUGAUGUCUGCAGUGAUGCUUUGCUCGAGGCCCACGAAGCUGAGAUCCACCGCCUUGAGGCUCUCAAGGAACAACGUGCUCCUACUCUAGAGAUGAUUGACCGACACCGCACCCUCUUGACUGAUCGUGAGGCACUGGCAACUUCAAGCCAAGAUGCUUCUCGUCUUAUGGGUCGUGGAAACAAAGGAGAGAAGCGUGACCCUGGAAAGUUACUAAGAGAAGAGAAGCUGCGCAAACGUAUUACGAAGGAGUUACCCAAGCUUGAGGCUGAUCUCCGCAAAGAGCUGGAAUACUGGGAAGAUGAAUUUGGCCGCCCAUUCCUCGUCCACGGAGAGCGAUAUCUCGAUGCCCUGACCCCUGUUGCUGCAAAGCCUCCCCCACGCUCCAAGACUCCUUCCGCUCCUCCUUCCACCAUUAAAUCCAACUUUGCCAGACAGCAGCCGCCCUCUCGUCCCGGUAGCUCCCUGAGGGGUCCUCCUCCUCGCUCCGCCACGAAGACGCCCACUAGCAGCGGUCCAGUCAAGCACAAUACCAUUGGGUAUGGCGCUUCUCGAGCUGGUGCAACAUCCAGGGCUGGUGCUUCCUCUCCUUCCAAGCUUCCCGCACGUGUUCCACUGGGAAACAUGCCGCACGGAAACAACUCUCCGGAGCGUCGUGCCCAGCCUGGCAGCUACUCAUCUAGCACGCUCAAUGGAAAGAUGCCACCUCCUCGUGGACCUCCUCCUCGGAUGCGUGCAUUGACCGUUGAAUCCAGGGAAGACCGCUUCAGCCACCUCAUGGAGCCGCCUCGUUGCAACAGUGCCAUGUCCAGUAGCUAUGUGCGUCCUGUGAGCCCCGAAGACGUAUAUGAUGACCGCCAGCGAUCUUUCAUGAGCGCCUCUGGCUUCUCCAACUCCCAACGUUCCACUGGCUUCUCUCAUUCCUCCCAGUCUUCUCAAUCAUCGCUCUCUUUGAACUCAAUGCAGACUUUCCCUCGCCCAAACCCCUAUCUUAGCCAUGCAGCUCCUCCUCCAGCUCCUCGCCAGGUCUCAAACGCUUCCACUGUCAACACAGCUACCUCUGGCUCAGAGAACUGGGAGACCUUUGAGGAUGGCUCAGAUGCUGAGCCCGAUACCAGCGAUAUCUACUUCUCCAAGCUACGCUCUGCGCACGGAGGAAAGCGACUUGCCCCUGAAGACUCAGCCGACCUCAUGGGAAAGAAAGCCAAGGGCAUCCGAAGUGUCAGUCCAGAUGGCCCGCACCCUGGCCAGGUCUUGCGCGUCGCAGGCAGUGAUAAUGAGUGGGCCGAUGACUUCGAGUCCUACUAA